CUGCUUUAAUGAAUAAUUGCACGUUAUAAAGUCAAAGGAAGUCUCGCCAACAUUAGUUGUGUUGCCAGACGAGCGAAAUGAAGUGAAGGUAUUUUAAAGCUUUAAAACUGGCAACGGACAAAUUUUGAGGGUAUGUCUCUUUCAAUUUUAACUUUCAAUACCUUUAUACUGCAUAGUAGAUAAGGUUAUAUUUAAGGGAACCUUCCGCAAAACACGGAAUUAAAAACGCAAACCCCCCUGAGAGUAGCUCUUUAGGUAAAUUGUAUUCCAUAAAUUGCACUCAUCUCAGCGAAUAGUAUAACCCAUCGCAUUUUGAUCUAAUUAUUCAGCCGGUGCUCCUUUGGAUGAAGUGCUAUCUGAACAGCUUCCUACUCCAUCCCAGACAGGCCGAUUCUUCGAUGGGAACUAAAGUUUUUAUUGAAAGCUUUUACAAGAAGUUAUUUCCGGCUGGUCUGUUAUUGCAAUCAAGUUACAGUUUCAAAAAAGAAAUUGGCCAACAAGGUUACGUUUGGAAUAACACUCAAUCGUGCAGUGUCUUAGGUGACCCAAAUAACAAAUUGGACACAACGAAACUAGGAUUUUACUUUUUGUCGCUUGGCAUCUUUAGCCUCAUGCGCGUGCGUUUACUGGCGGAAUUCCCAAUCCAGGUGGUUUUCAAAACCGCUCACGAAACUCUCUGUAGUACAAAAACCUCAAAAUAUAGUUUGUAGUGAGACUUUUACGAUAUUUUAGCAGCUAGUUUUUAAAACAAUUAUUGGAACAGGCAAGAGAUUCCUUUCUGCUAAGCAAAGACUAAAACGAACGGUGCGAGAUAGCUAUAGCUGCGAACUGGUUGACCUCAGCUCAGCAUUCUGACAAUACGUAUCACCCUUCCUUUAGUCGCUCAUGAUUUUCUUUGUCCCUCCAUGACCAACAAUUAGAUUUUCUAUUCCUUCCACUGAUCUUACACCUGAAACUAUACGUUUGGUUUCCCUUUUCCAUUUGCUAACAUAUUAUUUUUUCCUCAAGAUCAACAGCCAGCUCAAGAGUUAAAUUGAAGAAUUAGAGCCAAAACUUUUGUCACGCUUCUUUACAAAUUAAUUACAUAUGAAUCAACUUAUCAGUAACACUAGUUUAAAUACAAGAGUUUAUUUAGAUUAUUGUAAUCAGUAUGGGGUUUUAAGGAAAAAUAAUGCCAUAGACCCUGUUCCUAACCCAUGAGUCCUUUCACUUCCACACCCUACCUCAGAUAGCGUUCUUGGCUAAUCAAUUGAUCCAUCAUGAACUGAGUCGCUUUGUAAGCCCUUCUUAACAGAAAUAACAUAAAAUUGUUAGAUGCAACAUGAUUCAAUAAUGUUUCCCAAAAGAAAAAAAGUCGAAAGUUGCAAAUGAAGUCAUGUAUUACGAGAACAAAAUGAUACACAAGGCUUAUUAGAAUGUUUGCCACAAUAACCGACCACAACCAUUACACCUUGGUGUCUUUGUUUCGUUCUGUAUCGUUCUGCUUUGUUUAAGCUUUUCUUUUUUUCCCCAACGUAAGGCGGUGAGAUAAAGGUUAAUAAUUUCCGCCUUCACUGCGCCGCCUUGGGGAAACAAUAGAAGUUCUCAUUCUUGGCAGACUAUUUCAGAAAAGAUGGCAGCUACACACAACUCAAAGAUUUUAUCCUUAACUCUGUUUGUCUGCUAUGGCUUUCUUUGGACAAAGCGUGCUGUAGAAGCUAAUAACGUGACUCUGAACCAAGAGGUGGACGUUAGUGCAUUUCGUUCAAGGUAUCAAGGUAGUUGUGAUAGUCUGAAUUCAAGAUUUUGUCAGAAUGGAGGAUGCAGUAAUCUGGGGAGCAGAUACUACUGCGAUUGCAUCACUAAAUAUGGUGGACGGAACUGCGAAAUAGCGCUCGAUUGGUAUCCAUGUCAAAACAAACCUUGUCUGAACGGAGGAACGUGUCAAGUAGAAGAAGAAGGUUUUCCAGAAUGGAAGUUUCGGAGAUACUUCUGUUGGUGUCCGGCUCAGUUUUUUGGACUGCACUGCGAAUGGGAUAAGUUUCCUUGUCGCCGCAACCCUUGUUUGAAUGGAGGAACUUGUAGAGUUGGACCCUCAGUUCCUUGGCUGGUAUACACUAACAAGCUUGCUGAGUAUUGCGACUGUCCUGCUCAGUAUAAUGGUUUUCGUUGUCAAAGAGUCUUAGAUCCAUGUACCUCAAUUCCUUGCCUGAAUGGUGGAUCAUGCUCCAGUCAAAACUCCACGUAUAGCUGUCGAUGCAUUUCUCGAUAUACUGGAAGAAAUUGCGAGAUUCAGAACAAUCCAUGUUCACCGAACCCUUGCCAAAAUGGAGGGAGAUGUUACAUCACUAAAAACAGGAAACAUUUCUGUAUUUGCAAAGCUCAAUUUACUGGAAGUAAUUGUGAGAGAGUUGAUUGCAACGUUCGUCCAUGCAGGAAUAGAGGAACUUGUUUAAAUGUAGAACACAGACCAUUCUGCUAUUGUCCACUUGGAACUACAGGAAAACUUUGCGAAGACGUUUUAGAUCCAUGUACCUCAAGUCCUUGCCUGAAUGGUGGAUCAUGCUCCAGUCAAAACUCUGAGUAUAGCUGUCGCUGCAUUCCUCAAUAUACUGGAAAGAAUUGCGAGAUUCAAAAGGUUUUAGAUCCAUGUUCACCUAACCCCUGCCAAAAUGGAGGGAGAUGUUACAACAUUGGAAACAAAAAGCAUUACUGUUUUUGCAAAGUCCAAUUUAUUGGAGGCAAUUGUGAGAGAGUUAAUUGUAACAACCGUCCAUGCAGGAAUAGAGGAACUUGUUUAAAUGUAGGUAACAGGUCAUUCUGCAGGUGUCCAGCUGGAAUUACAGGAAAGCUUUGCGAAGGUGAAAUCCCGGUCAUUACCAAGAAUCCCCAAGAUUCGACCGCAAUGGAGGGCGGGAGUGUAACGUUUUGUUGCGAGGCAAAAGGGAAGCCUGUUCCUGUGUAUAGCUGGUUUCACAACGGUGUACUGGUACAAGAGCUGAUCAGCAGAAACCUUCGUCUGUCUAGUAUAUCUUCACGUGAUUCUGGCACAUACAAAUGUAGCGCCAAAAAUGAACACGGGGAAACAGUUUCCAGCAAAGCAGAGCUGACAGUUGUUCCGGGUAAUCGCCAAGACUCAUGCCACCCCACCCCACUGACGAGAGUUGUGUCAUUACCUGAAGGAUGCACAGAAGAUAGCAGCGGGAGGAACAGCGUCAAUGUUGGUACUUGUUCUAACGAAGCAUGCGUGAAGCGUAACCAACGGCAUGCCGGGAGGUGUGGGGGACACGACUCCAAUCGGCAAUGUUGUAGCGCUGCUUCUAUGUCUAACAGCCGCGUUAGUUGCAAAAGCGGUAUAAAGUUCAACAUUCAGAAAGUCUCCAAGUGUGCAUGUGCAGACUGUGCUGUCUCAAAAAUUGUUGUUCGAGGCAAGGUUGUCGAUCCUGAGGGAAGUCCCCUUUGGCGGGGCGAGAUGACCUUGAGCACUGACGCUGGUAAAAGAUACUAUACGGACAGGCAAGGGAAUUUUAAGAUUCUGGUCAGGUCAGGAACGAAGCGAAUAGUAUUGACUGUAAAAGACAAGUUUCAAGGACUGCUGGAAGACACAACGAAAGUUUUCGAACUUCAGGAAGGGCAAGUGUCCUUUUAUACCAUCGUUCUUCAAAAGAAACCGCCUGCGAUUAAAUUCCCAGCAAACAAGAAAAAGAACAUUCCUCUUGGACCUAUUGUUGUGUUUUUUGAUUAUGGGCAUCUACGCUUAGGGAAUUUCUAUCCAGCUGUCCCUAUUGAUGUUGUUAGGGUGAAGUCUUAUGUGAAUAGCUCCUUUGACCCUACGAGUGUACCAGUGAGGAUUACGAUCAAUAAACUUAACCUCCUUCCAAAGCGAUUGGUUGUCUUUAGGUUUUGA